AUCUUCUAUUUUUAUCUCAUCAGAACUGGUGGCGGUGGAUUAACAAUAUAUGUUAAUUUGGCGCUCUAUAUUGUUGAGCUGACUCCUAAUCCUGAAGUCCAUUUGGACCGUAUUCAGAUCGAGGUCUUAAUUAGAUACACUGACGCAUAGAAAUACGAAGGAAAAUCUUACCAGUGACGUGCAAAAAAGAAAUCACAAUGGAUGGCUCGUCAGAACUACAACAUAGGAUACUAUCGCUCAAGGUACAAGAAUGCAUAACAAAUGAAAAUGAAGAAAUGAUAAUUAGUCUGUUAGAGAAUGUCUCAAAGGACUUAAGAAAAAAAGUGGUGGAUCACGAAAUUCAAGGAAAAUCAGCCUUGUUUCUCGCGUGCGAGUUGGAACAAGAAGAAAUCGUAAAAUAUCUGGUAGAGCAAUGUGAUGCCGAUGUUGAGAGAGAGGGAUUGCUAGAUGACGUCAUGUAUACCGUGCCUUUAUGGAUUGCUGCCGAACGUGGUUCUUUCAAUGUCGUCAAAUGUUUGGUUGAGAAUGGAGCAGAUUGUAACAAACCAUUGCAAGGGAAACUUUCUCCCUUGAUGGCAGCCUGUCAGAGUGAUAGUGAAGACAUCGUUUAUUUUCUUUGUGAACAUGGCGCAGAUGUCAAUAUUGUUUCGGAUGCAGGUGACACCUGCCUAAGGAAAGCUGCUGGUAACUAUGAACUUUGUAAAUUUCUUAUAUCUCAAGGAUCCGACGUCAAUCAAGGCGAAAAGGGACAGUAUCCUAUUCUUCAUUUGGGAAUAAAAAGCAAAAACUUAGAUUCAGUUAUAGAACUAUUAAGCGCUGGGGCAGAUCCAGGUUCUGUUGAUUUUGAGGGAAAUGAUGCGUUAAAAUUUGCCGCCAUCGUGGGCGAUGUAGAUAUAGUCCAGUUUUUAGUUGAAACGUUGCAAUACAGCAAAGAAAGAAUAUCUGAAACGUACAAAUUACUGGGGGCAUGUGCUAUUGCAAGGGAGGAUUUUGACACAGGAAUUGAAUUCUGGCAAAAGGCCAUUGCUUCAGGGGACUCUACCCUGACCGAAGAUCACCCGUCAAGUGCGAUUUACAGGGGGGUUGUAGAACCAAAGACUCUAUCUGAUUUGGAGGAGCUAAAGAAAUGCACACAGGAUUUACUUCUUUCCAGCUUCGUUGCUUUAGAGAGGAUACUUGGAAGAACUCAUGGAGAAACCAUUCAUCGGAUAUUGAUGUAUGGAACCGCAUUGUCUUAUGAUGAAAUCGGGGAGGAAUCAACUAGAAUGAUCAUGUAUGCAUACGAUUUGUUAAGGGAAAAACACCUUGUAUUACACAGAAUGACAGAGUAUGCACUGUCUCAGAUUGUACGGUGUUUGUUUGAUUUGUACAGAGAGAGCGAGGAUGAUGUGGAUGUCGUAACACCAGCGUCUCUACAUCAGUUGCAUCUCGAUGUUUUGUCACGUGUUGUUGAUUUCGUCAUCAAAAGUCAGACAGAAUUUGAGAAUAUUAGUAAUCAGGAAAAACAGUCCACGUUUUCUGCCUUACUAGAUCAUGUAUUGGAUGUGUUGUUUCUUUUCUCGGGAGCGGAUCUAAGUGCAAGCGAUGAGGAAAAGUAUGGAUCCUAUCUGGCCCGCUUAGUACGCGCAAAUUUGCACGAUUACGAAAACCGUGGCCUGCUUCAUUUGGCCCUCUCCAGGAAACUUAACAGAAAAAUAAUAUUCAUGAUGUCUGAAGGAUGGAGGAAUUGGUAUGUGUAUUUGACUGAAGUUUUGCUAUUACAGGGUGUAAAUUUGAACAGCAGAGACAAUGAAGGAAAUACCGCUUUUCACUACAGUGCUGCCCUCUUGCCCACAAACAGUUCAAAACGCGUCAUCGAACUUUUUCUUGACGCAGGUGGUCACGUGGAUGCAGUAAACAAUAGUGGCAAAACGGUUAUGGAAUGUUUGAGAGAAAACGGUUAUACCGUAUGCGAAGUUCGUGACACCACUCUGAAGUGCUUAGCAUCUCGAGCCGUAGUUUGUUAUGGAAUUUCUGUUCCCCAUAGCAUUCUGAAUAAUGUAAUGGAUAUGCUGAAAAUUCACGGACUGAAGACAGAAAAUUAAUACCAGAAGUUUUGCAGCUCAGCUAAACCACUACCUUCUGAGGAGGAAGCAUUAUUCUCUUAUUCCUCUAUUCAAUAAUGACAUUUAGUAUUAUGCAAUAUGAAAAUAUCAGUACUGUUAUAUACGAAUAAAUGUAAGUUGACUUC